AUGGCGGAGCUGGGGGACCCCUGGGAGCCUGGAAGGGGCAGCACGGAGAGGGAGGAGCCCUGGGAGCCAGAGAGAAGGGGAAGCCUGGACAGUAGGGACCCCUGGGAUCCCCAGGACAGCGAAGUCGAGAACCUGGAGAGGGGGAAUGUCUGGGAACGCGGCACCCCGAAGGCGAGAGAAGGCAGCGGGGAGGAAAAGGGCCGGAGAUCCCCCUGCAGGAGGGGCUCCAAAGCCAGCCCAGGGUGCUCCCAGGAGGAAAGACUCAACCUGUGCCAGGAAGGCGGCCGGAGCUUGAGGCAGAGCUCUGACUUGGUGGUCCCUGAGCAGCCUCCCAGCAGGGAGAAACCCUUCAGGUGCUUGGAAUGUGGGAAGAGCUUCAGUCAGAGCUCCAAUCUCCUCACCCACCAGCACACCCACACUGGGGAACGGCCAUACACGUGUGGGGAAUGUGGGAAGAGCUUCAGGAACAGUGGCAACCUCCUCACUCACCAGCACAUCCACACGGGGGAACAGCCAUACACAUGUAGGGAAUGUGGGAAGAACUUUAACCAGAGGUCCAACCUUCUUACCCACCAGCGCAUCCACACUGGGGAAUGUCCGUACACAUGUGGGGAAUGUGGGAAGAGCUUCAGGAACAGUGGCAACCUCCGCAAACACCAGCGCAUCCACACCGGAGAGCGGCCCUACACGUGUGGGGAAUGUGGAAAGAGCUUCACUGACAGCUCCGGCCUCCACAUCCAUCAACGCAUCCACACUGGGGAGAGGCCCUACUCAUGUGGGGAGUGUGGGAAGAGCUUCAUCAGCAGCUCCCACCUUCAUGUCCAUGAGCGCUCCCACCUCCCCACCCACACCUUGGAACGGCCCUACAAGUGCUGGCAAUGUGGGAGCAGGUUUCAGACCAGCUCAAUUCUCCUCGAGCAUGAGAGGACGCACACGGAUGAGAGGCCCUUCCGCUGCACCGACUGCGGGAAGGGCUUCAGGCAGAACUCCCACCUCGUCACCCACCGACGCAUACACACCGGGGAGAGGCCCUACAAGUGUGGGGAGUGUGGGAAGAGCUACACCAAGAGGUCUGGCUUGAACACACACCAACAGACCCACCAGUAAGGAAGCCCUAUUAGUGCCCCGACUCUGGGAAGUGCUUUGGCCACUGCUUCCACCCCGAAUGAAGCCCCUCAUUUGGAGGCAACCCCUGGAGUCCAGUGACUGUCAGUCCAUCCCUUUCGACCACAAAGGGCCAGUCCCUUUUCAAGGGAGCAGGUUCUUCCAACAGAACCCUUCUUGGGGGGUGUGGAGAUUCCUGCCUUGGCUGGGGACCUCCCAAGGUCACUGCUGGAGGUUGAGAGCAGAGAUCUCCCCAUGAGCAUUGGUCUGGGGGAGUUCCAUCCAUCUCUAAUUAAGAAUUAUUGCUUUUGUGCCAGCUUGAGUAGAAUUGCUUCAACAAUUGCUUUAGGGUAGAUCACCGCUCUAUCUUAUCCCGUACUCCUGGUAGUUUUAAUGUUUGUAUUGUGCAGUAAGUAAUUCUGAUGAAGAUCUUUUGUCUGAUCAUUUGGUGCCCUAAAUAAUUCCUUUCUAUCAGUAGAUCUGAUUUGCCAUCAUUAAAACCUGGGGGACAAAAGUGGUUCAGUCACACCUCUGUAAUUCCUCAAAACUGAAACUGUUGGCAUAAUCCAAGGCUGAGGUUGGAUCCAGCAGCCCCCAGCACCCCACAGUAAGUUGGGAGCUCAGGGGGGGCCACCCCCCUUUUCCAACCCCCCUGUGCCUAAAGACCCCCAUGGGACCAUCUGACCCACCAGACCACCCUUCCUUUUCCACCCUUCUCCCUGUUCCUUCCACUUUUUCAUGGUCCCCUCAAUCCCCAGUUUCUCCCCCGAAGAGUUUUGGGGUCCCAACCCCUACUUUUUGCUCCCUCUCCUGUGUGUGCUGAAGGAGAAAAUGAGGCUGCACACGCAGAGUUCUGUUUUGGGACUUGUCCGCCGACACUUUUCAGUGUCCCCUUUUAUUCCUCUUCUCUUGUGAGCAGCACCCCGUGUUUGUCUUUCAGUCCACCAGAAAUCCCAGCAUGGCCCCAAAGCAGUGCCCUGAUCCCACACAUUCCCCUCCCCUCAUGUGCUGGCUGUGUUCAGCCACCAGAGAAAAACACGGGCUACCAUGCAGAGCAUUCCAAGUGGUUUCCACUUGGCAAAGAGCACUCUCUUGACCGAAAACACCAGUCAAGGCCAAAGCACUCCUUUUGGAUCCUGAUUAACUGAAUGCAGCUGCCUUAACUUGUUUCCACAAAAACUCUCAGGGUUUCUUUGCUUCCAGGAGGCCCCACAUGUCCCCCCUUGAUUCCAUGGGGUUCCAAACUGUCUCAGGAAUCCUUUGGUUCUAUGAGGCCCUGCAUAUCCUGAUGGCCCCUUGGUUCCAUGAGGAUGCACAGUCUCAGAAUUCCUUGGCUUCAGUGAGGCUUUGUAGUGUCCCAAUGGCCCCUUGGUUCCAUGAGGCCCUGCAGUGUCCUAAUGGCCUUCUGAUUGCACAAGGUUUUGCAGUGUCCCAGUGUUCCUUUUGUUCCAUGAGGGUCCACGGGGUCCCUUUGGGGCCAUAAGGCCUGUAAGGGAGAUAUUUUGAAUUAGAUGAUCAAUGGAGCAUAGAGGCAUGAGAAAGAAAUUAUAUUAUGAUGUGAAACCAUCCAGAGUAUUGUACAAUGUGCUUUUUAGCAAGUCAACUUGAUAUCCCCUAUUAUCAGAGCUGAGUUCUUCCUUGGUUUUGCUACAUACUGCCAGAUGGAUACAUCUACGCUUGAAACACAAUUGUAGAGGUCGUCCAUAGGAGUGAGAUAGAUGAUGGAAGAUUAUGUGGGCAGGGUCGCUGGCCCCUUGCCCUACAGCAGGGCAUGCACAGACUGUUGCUAUCAGGUGAUGAACAGGUGAGGUUUGGCUACCACUCAGACAUCACCUUACACUGGGUACUGGCCCUACAUGGUGUAAUGUAGAGCUGAUAAAAUGGGGUGUCAGGACUGCUGGGGUGAGCGAUCCUCAUCCUGCCAUGGAGACUGUGUUGUUCCGCAGGGAUGCCCGCUAAGCACGGGCACUGACCAACUGCUGCAGAUCCUGGCAGCCCUGGCCUGUCUGUGUGGGUAAGCACAGUUUAUGGAUAGGAAGCAACCGAGAAAGCAAAUUUUUUAAUAUCCUUUUAGUGUCCCUUUAAUUCUCCUUUUAUUAAUUAAUAUUGUUACAUAAAUAAGCUGUCUAUAGUAUUUCUCUUUAAUUUCCCUUUCUACUAACCAAUAUCAUGUUAAUAGUUAUUCGUAAUAUUGUGUUAAGAUGCUUUUUUGGUAUCCCUUUAACUCCCUUUUUACUAGGCAAUACGGUAUUAAAUGCUGUUCACAGUAUUUGUUUUAAUGCCACUCGAUAAGGUAGUUAUUUUGUAUUCUUUUUAGUUUUUUGAUUCUCUUUGCUAAGAUUAUUAUUAUUAUUACUCUCACUGUAAUAAAAGAUAUUUUGUGUGUUUGAA